AUGAAGGCUGAAUCCUCAAUGCUCGACCAACCGGCGACAGGGCUGUCGGAACCGACGCAGGCCUAUUGCGUUGCGCUCCUUAGUCAAGAGAAGAGCCUCGGCGAGCUGCAGCGACACCUUCACAAAACAGAGGCGCUCUUCCGCGAGUCGGUCCAACGCAAGAACCAGCAGCUGGACCUGCUGCUCGCCGAGGUGCGCCGCCUGUCGGCCAACGCGGCGGGCCGGGAGGCCAAGGCAUCCGAGCACUUCGAGUCCUCCCUUGACGCCCAGCGGAUCGAGCUGGGCCGGCUGCGGCAACAGCUCGCGACGCGGGAGACAGAGGUGGAUGCCCUCGCAGCGCAGGUCCAGCAGCUCAGAGCGGACUUGGCGGAGGAGCGGACGUGGCGCGAGGCGGCAGUGGAGCGGCUUGAGAGCACCGCCGCCGACAGGGCGACGCUAGACGCGCAGCGGUCUGAGCUCUCGGCCCGGCUGAGCUCGAGCGACUGCGGGCGAGCGAGCACGAUCGAGCGCUGCACGAGACAACGCAGGCAGAGCCUCCGCGCUGCGUUUGGCGUCGCGUAUGCCAGCAUAUUCAAGCACCGUAUGGGACAGGCGGAAAUCGAGGAGUUGAGGGCACGCCUUGACGGCAGCGAGGCUGCACGAGCGACUGAGCGCGACAGCAUCCAUGCGCGGCUGAGCGACGCGCGCACGGAGCUCGAGGCGGAGGCGGAGUCGAUGCGUGCCGAAAGCGCGGCAGCAAAGGCUCGUGCAAGUGAGGCCGAGGCGGACGCCGAGGCGGAGGCCCGUGAGAGGGCGCGGCUCGAGGCGGACAUGGGCGAGGCAGCGAACAUGGUGGUUGCGCUUCAGGCGCAGGUCAAGGCGCAUGCGCAGGCCAGGGAGUCUCUCGCAGCUUCCGCUGACAGCGCUGCGGCAGAGAGGAGUCAGCUCGCCAUUGAGCGGGAUGCCGCCUUGCUCGAGCGCGAUGGCCUCGUGGCGGAGCGGGACUCGCUCGAG